AUGCUUGUUCGAGUGCGAAGCAAGGAGGGUACCCAUCGCAUCGAGGUCAACCUCACCGACGACAUUAUUAUUCUCCGGAAUAAGAUUGCCGCAGAACUCAAGAUUAUCGACCCAUCGACCAUAACUGUCAGCGAUCAGCCUAAUGCCGGAGCCACGCCCAUGGACAGCCUCUCGGGAAAGACUCUCGGCGAGCUGAACGUCAAGCACGGUGACCUUCUCUAUGUUGGCUUUGCGGAGGCAGCACCGACUCCUACAGCAAACAAAACUUCUACAGUCGUGCAGGAUGCUGUGGAUGAUUUCCUCGACACUCAGACCGGACACAUCAAGCGGGACAAGGACGCCAAAUUCUGCAAGCACGCGUCAAACGGAAUGUGCGAUUACUGCAUGCCUCUGGAGCCAUUCGACCCAGCAUACCUGGAGGAGCACAAGAUCAAGAGCAUGUCCUUCCAUGCUUACCUCAGGAAGUUAGGAUCACACGAGAAGAAGCAAGGAACCAACUACAUUACACUGCCAUCUCUGGAAGAGCCCUCUUACAAAGUCAAGACCAACUGCAGCUCUGGACACCCACCAUGGCCCGCCAGUAUCUGUACAAAGUGUCAACCCAGUGCCAUCACAUUGCAACGUCAGACUUUCCGUAUCGUUGACCAUGUGGAAUUCGCGAAUGGAACUAUCAUCGACAAAUUCAUCGACUACUGGCGUAACACAGGACUUCAACGUUUUGGUUACAUGUAUGGACGUUAUGAACCAUAUCCAGAGGUGCCUCUGGGAAUCAAGGCGGUUGUCGAGGUCAUCUACGAGCCUCCACAGGAAGGCGACAGCGAGGGCGUGAAGUUGGACUCGCCAAUCGAAGGCGAGAAGAAGGCCGAUGAGAUGGCUGCAGCCUGUGGUCUUCAGCGGGUUGGAAUGAUUUACACCGACUUGACUGACGACGGCACAGGCAAGGGAACUGUGUUGUGCAAACGCCACAUCGACUCCUACUUCUUUUCGUCCCAGGAGUGCCAGUUUGCGGCGGUCAUGCAGCAAAAAUAUCCCAACGCGACAAAGUACUCCUCCACAGGAUCGUUUGGGUCCAAGUUUGUGACCUGUGUCAUCAGCGGCAACGAGGAGAGCAACAUUGAUGUGUCGUCGUACCAAGUCUCGAACACAUGUGUCGGUAUGGUGGAUGCAGAUAUCGUUGAGCCCAGUGUGGAGCCAGGAAUCAUGCGUGUCAAGGAACCGACCUCUGAGCGUUACAUUCCCGAAGUGUUUUUCAAGUACAAGAACGAGUACAACCUCGUCGUUCAAAAGGACGCCAAGCCCUCCUUCCCUGUUGAAUAUCUCUUGGUCAACGCUACACACGGCUUCCCAGUCAAGGCUGCACCCAUGUUUUCAUCUUCCAACAGCUUUCCUAUCGAGAACAGGGUCGGACAAUUCGCACAGGAUGCAGGAAAGCUCCACCGUCACCUUCAGUCCGGCAAGCUUGUUGACCUCGCCUCUGACUAUCAUUUCCUGCUGUUCGUUCGCAGCAUGGGUGUCCUGAACGACAACGACGAAAUGACACUGUUGGUCCGCCUGGCGCUGUUGCACAAGGAAGAGGAUGCCCAGCAGCUGGAACAGAAACCAGGAUGGCAAACACUCAUGUCUAUUCUCAAGGAAUCGGCAGGAUCGUCCUCUAGUGGCGGCGGCGGUGGUGGUGGAGGCAGCAGUGGUGCUUCAGGAGGCGCGUCAGCGAUUGCUCCAUGGACGUGCCGUCACUGCACAUUCUUGAACACCCACGGUGACGAGAACUGUGAGAUGUGCGGACUUCCUAUGGGAUAA